CGCUUAUUUUUAGUUGAUAUUUUCCAGCAAUUCAAAGCAGUCGUAUCGUCUCCAGUCUGGUUGCGCUCGCCAUCAUUAGAUAAGGAGUGGAUAUAAAUUUCCAUUUUUUUGUUUGGAUAUUCGAUUGAAAUACAAGAACACGUUAAUUCCGUAGAAUUGUGAAAUUCGAGUUUAGUUGUCGCCUUUGUUCUCAUCCCCAGAACAAUGAAUAGUUUGUGUGGUUUUCGUUUGUCCACUGUGGGCAUUGUAAUCGGUUGGUUCAAUUUAAUUGGUUCCAUAUUCUCAACAAUUGUACUGUGUGUGGCCUUUUCCCGUUUGGAUGAUUUGGUCAAACUUAUACAGGAUAACCUGGACAAUGGCGCAAAUGCAGUCGAUAAUGUUGGCAUCAGGACCGCUGUUAUUAUUACCCUGUGCGUUUAUCUUACUACCAGUGUGACCAAUGUAAUUGCAUCGUCGCUCUUGAUUGUGGGCACAGUAAAGGAACGUCACCUUUUGCUGGCACCUUGGCUAGUUAAUGCCUACAUUUUCAUCUUUUUCAAUGUCCUCAACUUCAUAUACAUGAUAUAUGUAGCUAUUGCUAAGGGGCUUCCAGUCGGUUCAACUCUGGGCACAAUAAUUGGUACUGCAUUAAGUCUGGUGAUUCAACUGAUUAUCUGGAAUGCUAUCUAUUCGUUGUUCAAACAGAUUCGUGCCAAUCGUGAUCUUCAACAACGUCUUUUGCCUACCACUUCGGCUGCUCAAUAUCCCAACUACACGAAAAUGCCACCCACCGUCGAAUAGGCAAGAGGAUGAACCAUUCGUGAUACAUGAAAAAAUAUUAAGAAAUUUCUGAAACAAUCUACAAUUAUGGACUGAUUAAAACUGUAUCAAUGAUAAAUGAAAUUUUAUCGAAAAUUUUGCUUGGAUAAAGAUAAAGUCUUGGAUUAUCCUACCUUCUUCCCACAGUAUUGGAAUCUAAAUUUUGAUUAUCAAAUUUUCGGCUAUCAAAAUCAUAUGUGAUGUUUUUUAUUAUUAUUAUUAUAAUUAAUGAAUAUUAUUAUCUCUAUACAUAUAUACGUAUUAUAUCCCGCCAAAGAUAUAUGUUAUUGAAAUAUUUAUAUACGAAAAAAAUACUUUAUAAAAACAAAUCUAUAUGUAUACACCGAAUUUUUUCGAAAUAAAAUUAUUCGACUUGUAGUUACCUAUGACAAAACAAGCAAA